AUGACAAGACAGGAAUACAAUACUAGACCCGUACGUGCCGCUAUGCCUGGCCCAUUAGUAGUCUUACACCGUAGAUCCAGAGGAGUAUACACCAUAAGUUCCGGAAGAAAGGAGACAAAAAAACCUCUCAGGGAAGCGGCGAUCUUAUCUGAAAUAGGGCGUAUCGGCCAUUGUGCUAGGCUCCAACUUGUUCGUUAUGGUAAACGUGAGUCGGGUCGUAUGCAGCAAUACCAAUCUACGUUUAACAAGCUCAGUUCAGAAAAUGAAGCACUUAAAGCUCAACUUCAUUCCUUGGAAGCUGCUGGUGCCAACGAGGACAAAUUGAGAGCUAGACUUGAAGAAGUUGAAGAAGAAAAUGCUCGACUGAUUGCAGAGAGGAGUCAAUGUGAAAAAUGCUUGGAUCAAGUGGCCCACCAAGUAGUUCAAGCAUUACUAGCUCAAAAGAGCCUUAGAGAAGAAAUAACAACAUUGAAAGAUAAGGUGAAGGAAUUGGAAAAACAAAACUAUACUUUGAGUUCACUCCUCUUUCAACAGCUUCCCAAACAGCAGAAACGAGAUGCUACUGUGGAAGUUUGUGUUAGGCCUGUUAGCUGUGAUGAAGCGAGGCUUAAAUGGAGGGAGUCUUUACUUUGGCUGCCCGUCCAUCGUCCUAGUUCGCUUAAUUUGGAUAACCCUCGGCUUGUAUCAAGCACUGGCAACCAAACAGAGUGUCAUAAAGAUGAAGGCUACUCAACCAUGUCAAGUGAGGUACAAUGCGAAGCCGGUGGCCAAGAGGAGAAAGUCGAGUCUCCUCGGAAGCUGCCAAGAAGUAACUCAGAACCAGGACUUUCUGGGCUAUCAGAAGAACCAGAUUGGUGGGAACAGGUCUGGAUAGCUGAUUCUAGGAUUGAUUUCGAUGCUCCUCCAGAACUUGAAGAAUGGACUAUGGAUGAUAUUCCAGGUCUGUCCUGGCUGAUUGAAGACGAAGUUUGGCUUUCUAGUCAGCUCAUUUCUCCUGGUGGGGACUCCUGGUCAAGUCAAGGUACUACAUCUGAGGGAUCAAAGAGGUCUUCAACAAUGAGCGAAGGAGAUUGUCAAGUCGGAACUCAUUUCACAAGUGAUUUUUACCGGCUUGUCAAGUCCCAGGCUGAAUCAGUGAGCCAGGAUAGAGACCAGACAUUACAGAAUGUUCUUCACUUCAUAUCAGAACAGGAGCAGUACUGUCGGAGGCGGGAAGAAGGUGGGAAAGAGGAACUGUGUGAGAGCAAUACUGAUUCAGGAAUCGCUUCGAAAUCUUCUGAUCUCUCCAGUUCAGAAGAUAUCAUCCGGUAUGUUUACCUACUUUAUCAAUUAUUAGUGCCUGAAGAAGAAGAAUCUCUGACCUCAAGCAUCUCAACUCCUGAAACCGUACUGCAAGAUGGAGGAAGUUUGACUCUUUCAGAAGUGAAGAAAUCUCAGUUGAAUGUCCAGACAGUGGAUAUAGGACCUUGUGAACCACUGGAAAUCUCGGAAGUUCAGCAGCCUGAGCUGCAAGAAGGAGAAGGAAUGUUGGCAGAACUGAAAAGACUUGCAGCAGAUGAGGAAGAAAUUUCUCCUCAACCUGAAGCUGAAGAUGGUGGCUGUCCCACUGGCUGGGUUCACGUUGAAAGAGCUUCCGAUUUCACUGAUCCAAAGAUGCGAGCUAAUUUCAUGGAUGUAGUUAUGAGUCGAAGUUCAAGCUCAUGCAGUAGUGAAAGUGGUGAUGAUCAUUCGGGAUACCAACACUUACAUCGUUUACAUAGAUCACGCAGGCAUAAGAAAGCAUCAGCAAGCAGAGAAGGAGCCAUGCGCUGCCAGGCAAAUACAAGAGCUUCAAUAAUAGGACGUGAAGAUCUGUUUACACGUUUCGGAGCUAAAGAGCAAGAAGCAGUUGCUUCUUUUGACUUUCUAGAAGAACUUACUUCUGCAAGCUCAAGAGAAUCUACUAUUAAUCCUCACUAAAAGACCUGAUCCUUUCCCUGUAGCGUGGUACUUAAUUUUAUGUGAAACAUAUUUUUUAUAUAAAUAUUGUAGAACUUUCCUGAAUUAUGUUUCAUACUUUUGAAUGAUUUUUUUUUCUUUACUUUAUGUGUAAUUAGAAAAGAAGAAGAUAAUGUUAAGAAUAAUGUUUUCUCAAACAGAAUUACAAGGUUCAUGUGGUGGCAGUAUUGCAUUAUAUCAUAAAUAAUGACAAUAUAAUGUAUAUUGAAGAAAUCAACUUAUUCAAAUCAUUCCUGAUUUUUGUUUAUUAAAAAAAUACUUUUAAAAUCUAUAAUUUCUUUUUGGAGGAUAAAAGAAUAUAUAUAUAGUCUUUGUGAAUCCAUUAAGUUAUCUAUUCAUUUUUCUUGGAAUCCAUUUUAAUAAAUAAUUAUUAUUUAGUAAUAUUAUGUGAAUAUUAUGGUUCCUUCUAAUUACAAAUACAAUAAAGUAAACAAGCAAAUAACAAAUAAUUGAAAUUGUGCACGAAUUUAAAUGUACAAACUAAUAAUGGCUUGCUUUAUCAAAGCCAUCUUUUUUUAUAGAAAAAUAAAUUUAUUACAAUGACCUCUGAUUUAAUUCUCUUUUUAUUUAUUUAUUUUUUAAUGCUCCAAAAUAUUUAAGUGCCUAAGAUGUCAUUAUUAUAUUUAUUAAGUCUUAGCAGUCUCAUUACUUUUAAAAUUAGCCAAAGUAAACGUUUCAACAUUUUCCAUCCUCUACCAUAAACUAAAAAGUUUAAACCUGUAUUUAAUUCAUUUUAAAGUUUAUUUUCAUAAUAUCCACUAUUAAUUGUAUAGUUUUUUUUAUCUAAUGUAACAUAUUUUCCUUGAUAUCUGUUAAUUAUGCAUUAAUAUAUCAGGUUUCUAAUAUUUGAGAUUGUUUUUGCUUUGUGUAUAAUUUAAAGGAUUUGGCUAUUCCCAUUUGGUUGAUCAAAGUUUAAUUCACUCGAUUUCUUUGGAAUAAUUUACUUUAUUUAUAAAAAUACAGAAUUUAAAUUUUUUACUUCUGUAUGCACAAUAAAUAAAUGAUUUUAAUAAAGUUCAAAUUAAACAGGGAUAUUGUUAUGUAUCAAUUAAUAAUACAAAAUGAACCAAGCAUUACAUUUAAGAAAUAAAGUCAUAAAUUACAUAUAAAUAUAAAUAAAAAAAAAAACUGUUGUGAAUGAUUCUUUGAAAACAUUAUUAUAGAUGAUAUAUGUAACUUAUUGUUAGAUAUAUGUAUUUAAUUUGUUUUUAUUUAAUUGUAUGAUGAUACUGUUUUAUUUUUGUAUAGUAAUGUUAAAUCAUUUAUAGUUAAUAGCCGUUUGUUCCAAUAUCAAGAUUAUUCAUUGUGAUUGUCUAUAAAGUAUCUCAGGUAGAAUGAGACUUAUAAGUGAAACCUUUGUCGUCCUACUGUAAUAAUAAUUAUUGUCGAAUUCAGUAUUCUAAUAGCAUAAUACAAUUGGACCUCUUUUGUCUGUUGCCUUUGGGAUAUGAAAAUGAAACUAAACUUUAUAUAAUAUGCUUACCAUUUGUAUAAGUGGACCCCCGGCACUACACUGAUUAAACAUCAAAAUAAUUUGGGAUCAGUUACUGUGGUGAAUUUUCUUUAUGAAUAUUUUUCUUCUGUUUAUUUUAUGUCCUUUAUUACAUGUACAGCCCUGAGUAAAUGAUAAAUCUCAUUAUCUCAGGGCUGUAUAGAAAAGCCAAGGGCUUCAGAAAUAAUUUUCCGUAAAAUAUUAUAUUUAUUGUUAAAACUCAACCAAAGUCUUUUUUUCUCUUCUUCGCUUUUAGGCUAAACAGGGUUUUCCGGGUCCAGGGGAGAGGGUGGGGAAAUUAUGCCUGAGUUAAAAGUCCUGACAUCACUCAUAAACUUUGGUUUAUCGCAGGUUGCUUGAGGCAGGCAAUGUUUGUUUUACACACGCAUUAUUCCACUCCUAUAUGUUCUGCUAUCUAUGUUUUAUUUGAAUGUAAAUUUAGAAGUAAAAAAACAAGAUCUGGGGCUGCAGUCCCCUAGUGCUUCUCCCCCUUUUUUUACCACUAUUAUUUUCAUUGUAUUUCUUAUCGGUUUUAAGGGAUUAAGAAUAGCUCAGUGGAUGAGUCACUGAAUUCUCAACUCCUAUACCUAGGUUUAAGUCUGGCUGAAACAGAUAAUAAACUUAUUCUGUUAGCAGCUGUUGAUAACUGUUGUUCAAGACUAAUUAGUACUGAAAAUUUAAGACUUGAUAGUUUCUGGACAACUUAAUUACAAAUGUCUUGAUAUCACUACUGAAAGAGUAUUUUAUUCACUAAGUUUACUGAUUAUUUAAAGAAUUAUAUCUUUAUAAAAAAAAACUACAAAAACACAUUUCCAAAGUCCAUCAUUUGAAAGAGGUUCAUCUGUGUGUGUGUGCAUAACCGGCCUAGAAAACUGCUCAAAAAGUGAAUUUAUUUUUGAGAAGAUAUUUACAUUUUAAGCCUUCCUCAAGAGCAAUACCUACAAAAAUGAAUUUAAAUUUCAUCAUUUUAUACUCACCUACUUAUUACUGUAGAUAGAAGCCAAUCAAACAAUAUAUUUAUAAAAAAAAUGAUUUGUAAUUAAAAUUACAUACUGAUAAGUAUAAUAAUAUAAUUCUUGAUAAUAAUGCUUCUCUUUUAUAAACAAAGUUGGCUUGAAGAAAAACAAAGUAAACAAAAAAACAAACUAUAACUAUCCUAUUUCUUGAUAUUUUUGGUAAUUGUAGUUGUUUACAAUAUCAUAGGGGUUUAAACAUUUACUAAGCAUUGUUCAUCAGUUGAUUAAAAAUACUUAUAUGUAUUAAAGGCACAGAAAGUGGAAAGUAUGCUUUUGUUUUCCUAUAAAUUUUAAUUAUUAUAAUAUUGUUAAUAUCUGCAUUGUAAAAAACAAUAUCUUUUUAAGACCUAUGUUUUUUUAAUACCUCUCAACAUUCUUACAUAGUAGAGAAUAAAUGAUUGCUGGAAAGCUUUGGGAGCAACAAAUAAUGUAUCAAUAUUGAUUUCUAACAUUAUAUAUGCUGUUCCUUUUCCUUGCUGGGCAGAGAUAUUGGAACAACCGAGCUUCCAGUGCUAAGUUUUGCAGGAAUUUGUUUUUCCUGCCAUAGGCUAGGUACAAAGUGCAAUUGAAUUCGGAAUCCUGAUCUGCUCCUUGCUUGUCAAUUUUGUCUUCCAUUUUUCUGGAAGAUUUAUCACUUAUAAUUUCCAUACAGCUGAUUUAAGUUGCAUGAACCUUGUUCUACGUUUGGUUUUUUGUUAAAACUUAUUUAAUAAAAGUAUGUUUUAGUCUGAAAGGUAAACUUUACCUUGCAUGUCUGUGAUGCUGUUAAUUAUUGCCGAUAAUUCAAGUAAUUUUAUUUACUAAUUUUAGUUUAAUUUAACAUAAUAGGUAGUUUUCUUUUUUUAUUUUUUUUUUCUCAUGAAAUAUGAAUGUAUAAUGUAAAUUUAUUUAUUCUUGUAUUAUUAUUCUCUUUCCUACUGACAAGCGCGGAGUCUUGGAAAGAUCAGACGCUACUUCCUUCUAUUUAUGUAUUUUCAGUAUGUAGAUAUAUCUACUUUGUAUAUAAUAUAUAGUUAUAUUUAAAAAAAAAACAUAUAUACUUUAUUAUAUAUGCAGUAUAUCUUGUAAUAAUUGUAGAUUACCCUUUUAUUUUUAUUAUUAUCAACUUAGUAAUUAAUCUGUGUUCGUAAUUUAUAAAUAUGCAUAUAAAUAGAAAAGUAUAUAUAUAUAAAUAAAUGAUUGCUCUGUAACUGAUAGAUAUAUAAGUGAGAUGAUUUUUCUAAAAGUAAAGAAGUAUUAUUUGAAAAUAGUUGUACAAUGUAACCCAAGAAUGAAUAAAUUUGUAAUGUUAAA